CGCGUAGCAGCGCGUCAUCAUACGCGACCUGGAGCGGGUCGCUCUCGUUUCUUUCCUCCGUCGCCGUGAACGCACCGAGACCCGCUCCGGUAAAGAAAGAGGAUGAGCGGUGAGGACGUCCAGCCCGUGAGCUGCAGCAUCAAACCUCCGGUCUACCUGCAGAUGGGGGACUCCGAGACCGGCGCGGCUCCCUCGGGCGUCUGCGUGGUCGACGUCGCCCUCCCCUUUGGGAAGCCCGUCAAUAUUCAGGAAAUCACCUUUAAGAACUACUACACAGCCUACGUGACGGUCCGCCUGCUGAGGAAGAGCCCCGGGCAGGAGGGGCCCGCUAAGUGGUGCACCGCCCUGAGGGACCUGCCGCUGAUGGACAACCCUCACACCGAGGCCGGCUCCCAGGACUACUGCUCGGUGCACAGAGCGCAGAUGCAGGUGGAGCCCGAUCAUGUGACUUCAGUGAGACUGAUCCUGAGACAGCCGUCCUCUGCCUGGCUGACCUUCAGCCUGGAAGAGGUCAACAUAUUCCCCCAUGUGGAGCCGAACCCCGAGAAGGAGGUUUCUGAUUGGCUGUCGGACCUGACGCUGGUGGACCAGCACCCUGACCUGGAGGGCCUCCCAGACCCCCAGACCGUGUCCUCCAGUAUCCAGCAGAUGUGGGCCCUGACGGAGGUGAUGCAGACCAACCAGACCACGGCCUCCAUCGGGCGGUACGAUGUGGACGGGUGCUACGACAUCAACCUUCUCUCUCUGACGUAACGCGGGCCGUCGUGUUCAGACAUGAGAAGAAAAGACCAAAAGAACUAUUUACUAAAUAUGUGAAGAAACAAAGUAUUGAGUGUGUGUUGCGUAAUAAGAGGAAUAGCAUGAUUUAUUUUAUGGUCAUAACGUUGCUAUGUACCUGAACCUGUACAUGUGUACCUGAACCUGUACCUGAACCUGUACCUGAAC